GCUAAGCAAGUGCUGCUUUAUAUAAUUCCUUCCAUCUCCACCUAUUUCCAUGCCAACCAAAACAGUAGAUGAUUAAUUAAUCAUCAGCUAGCUUUCAUCUCCCAAAUGUCUCAAGAAAUCGUUCCCGUGGAUCCCACGGAUGUUUUUCUUGAUAUGGAUCCCAUCUUACCCGAAGAUUCGCCAACCAGCCAGUUCACGAGACCACUCGCUUUUCAGGAACAAUAUGUGUGGGAACCCUACCACAGCGAGAAGCUUCCGGAGACAUUAGCUUCAGAGAUUCAGAGGUUUCUUCGUGUAGCAAACUUGGUUGAGUCUGAAGAACCUCGUGUUGCUUAUCUAUGCCGUUUUUAUACUUUUGAAGAAGCUCACCGCAUCGACCCGUAUUCCAACGGUAGAGGUGUACGGCGGUUCAAAGAUUCUCUGCUUCGAGGGCUUGAGAAGGCAAGUCACUACCCAAGAGAUGACGAGUUUACUUCAAGAAGAAGAAAAGAAAUGAAUGAUACGAAGGAACUCAAACGUGUUUAUCAUGCUUACAAGGAAUACAUUAUCAGACAUGAUGCAUCAUUCAAUUUGGAUAAUAGUCAGCGAGAGAAGUUGAUAAACGCACGCAGAAUUGCUUCUGUUUUGUAUGAAAUUUUCAAGAAAAUCGAUACAAGUAUCGGUUAUGCCUCACCCACAGAAAGUAUACAAUUAAACCGGGACGAGGAGAUUGCUGAACUCCUUAAUAUGGACACCUCAAUAGAGGAGACCAACAAGAUAAAGUCGGACGAGACCUUUGCCGACAAAAAAGCCGAGUUAAUAGUUGAGAAGUGCAAAGCCCUGGAGGACGAGAGACUAACUCAAAUGUUUCAAGGAGAUGAUUCCGUCCAGUCAGACCAUCUCACCCGAACUGAAAAAGAUGACAUAUACAAAGAGGAAGUUCAAAUAAAGAAAGACAAAUGUUUUGCAUGUGGGUCAAUGGAGGACAAUGUCAGACCGAGUACUUCCGCGGUUCCAUCUUUGUUUUACGAAGAUAAGUAUCUCGAGACACAAGAAAAGUUGAACAAGGUGGAGAAGAAGAUUGAAGAAAUGGGCCUGAAACUCAAGGAUGUCGAUUUCUGGACUAACAUGAUGCAAAACAUGUUUCCAGACCAAGUGCCUCCAUCUAUGAGAGCAAACCAAACCGAAAACAACAAUAACGACAAACUAAGCCUUUAAAGUUUGAUUUUCUAUCUAGUUGUUUUAUUCUCCUAUGGUUUGUAAGACAAUCAAUAUUUACAUUUCAG